UAAAAACAAAGACUUUCAAAUAACAAUAUUUAUAUUUCAAUAAUAAAACUGACGUAAACAUUGUGUGUUGAAACGUUAUUAAAGUGUUCACCAAAACCAGAAUAUGUUAGGUUGAAAUUUCAAACUACUUACAAUUAAAACUUAUAUCACAAAACAUAAUGAAGUCUGCUGUUGUAAGAAGAUCACAUGAUUCUUUAGACGAUGAUUCACCUGCUGAGGAGGCUCUUGAACAAGGAACAUUGGCUUUUGGAAGUGCCCCAAAGGAAACAGCAUGGAAAAGGGCUCCCAGGCCUCGACGACCAAAUUAUGACAAUUCAAGAGUAUUAUGUUUCGAAGUAACUUCUGCCAGAUCCAUUCCAGCUACAGAACAGACAAAACGAUAUGUUUUAUAUACACUAUGUGUCAGACAAGACAGUGAAAUUAAAGAUCCACACCCUGCAGAAAUUGAAAGACGAUAUACACAUUUCAGAACGCUUUAUCUUGGUUUAAAAAGACUGUUUCCAGAUAUGUUGAAUUCUAUAAGUUUUCCUAAAAAGGUUUUGCUUGGAAAUUUCGGAGCCGACCUGAUAUCCUACCGCAGCGCCGGUUUCGAAUCCCUCCUCGAUCGAAUAACAAUGGAAUCUCGUUUACGUGAAGCAAAACCAGUCUUAGAAUUCCUCCUAGGUUCACCAGACCUCCGAAUAGCCAGCAGAAGCUCCAUACAAAAACAACACGGCAAAAUAGACAACUCAGCAAUAGUUGCUCAACUCGAAAACCAAUUCAGGUUGUUGAAUAAAGUUUACAUGGAUCGAUCCAGGCCUGUCCUGGCUGCAUUGUUGUCUCUGGUGGAAGGCACUUGUAUUGCAAAUACUGGGAAUGGACAAGUGCAGGGCGGUGGACAGGGUGGAAUACAUCCUCAUGCGGAGUAUUGGGCUGAGUUGGCACUGAAGAGGUUUGAAGGAGUCUCGGAUUCUGACCUGCUGGCGGGGUAUAUACCAUUGUUGAAGUGCUGCACUCAUCUGUGGUGGCAAAAAGGUCGAGACAAGUCUGCUCUUGAACAGCGUCUUAAGGAUAUGUCACAAAAAGGUAUACAAAUUGAUGGAGGCCUAACAUUGACACAAGUAAUUGAAAAGAUUGAUUUAAACAGUAUGACUUGAAUUUUAUUUACUCCAUUUUUUACUAAUCGACAUAUAUAAAAUUAUUUUUUCAAUUACUUUAAUUAAUAAUUGUAUAUAGACGUUUUUUUUUAUUUUAUGACUAAUUUUUUAGAAAUUUCAAAUAUGCCUAUAUAGAGAAUAAUAACGAGAUUUUAUUUAGAGCUUUAAAUGUCAUGACGAGAGUUUUUAGGUCUAGAUUGGCAAGAGAGUUUGUGAUUAGUUUUUAGGGAAAAUGAAAAUAUAGACGAAUAGAUAUAUUGCACAAGCCGAGAAAAAGAUUCUAUAAUUAUUAUAAAUUCUGCUUUACCCUGAUUUACUAGAUAAAGACUAAGGCGUGCAAUAUAUAAAUUUUAACAUUUUAGAUAAAAAAUUAGAAUGUCAAUUCCAUAAAACAUUAAAAAAUCUAUUACAAGCUUUAAAUUUUUAAGUUUAUACUAACCAGCAAGGUUUUCC